ACAGUUUUCCAAAACAGUACGACACAAACUAGCUAACUGAACACACGUUAGAGUCAGCUAGAAAAUUAAUUAUUAACAGUUAUUUUGUUAUAAAACACGAAUUUGAAGUCAAUUUAGAGGUUAUAUAAAAAGUUAGGCAUAGAGUUGCGCGCGCUUUUUUGUUUUUUAGGCGCGAAGGCGUGUAGUGACAACCUUUGUGAUUGGAAUUGCAAAUACGGCGGAUCAGCAAGAAAUGCCCUCCGAGGUGAGAACCGGGAAGUCUCUCCAGCGAGAGCUGGCGGACUCCAUCAUCCGCAUGGUGCCGCUUGAUGAGAUCAGGAUCCUGUUGGCUUGUGGAGCUAAGGUGAACGAGCCAGUGACGCAGGGGCUGCGUCCGCUGCACUACGCCAUCUGGCAGCGUUACCUCGAAGCUACCAGACUGCUGCUGGUCAGAGGAUGUGAUGUGAACGCGAGGGAUGACUGUGGAUACAGCGCCCUGCAUCUCUCCUCGGAGCAUGGCUACACGGAGCUGGUAAAGCUGCUGCUCCAGAGUGGCGCUGCGGUGGACUACCGCCCUGAUACUGGGGAGGAGUUCCCGAGGACCACGCUCUGUGACGAGCCUCUGAGGCUGGCUAUCAGGAACAAGCAUUAUGAGGUAGCCCGCCUCCUCCUGGAACACGGCGCGGACCCCAACAAGCGCUACUUCUUCGGCGCCGAAAUCAACCUGGUCUCCGACCCUGAGUACCUCGAGCUGCUUCUGACCUUCGGGGCCAACCCUGACUCCCGUGACCGCGCGGGCCUGACGCCGCUUAUGAAAGCUGCUAGGCAGAGGAAGGGCAUGGAAGCGGUUCUGCUCCUCAUCAGCCACGGCGCGGACGUGAACGCCAUGGCGGACGCCAGGAACGACUACCGUACGGUGUUGCACUACGCCGUGCUGAGUGGUAACACGGACGUGGUGAAUCUGCUGGUGAAGCAAGGAGCCAGGGUCAACUAUCAGUGUCCGUCGCUGAGCAAGCCCAGUGCGCUGGACUUGGCCAUACUGAAGGGGGAUGUGCCGAUGGUCCAACUCUUGUUAGCUGCUGGUGCCAGAGUAAACUCUUCCAGCUCCGUGAUUGGUUCACCUCUCCACGUGGCCUGCUCAGACAACAUCACCAACAGGAAGGAAAUAGUUCAGAUCCUUCUAGAGAGCGGAGCGGACCCGAACCUGAAGGUGUACAACGAUGAAGACGCGACGCAGCUCCGGCCGGCCCUAGCGGAGUACCUGGCCAGCAACGCCGACCCGAGCGGCGAGAUCGUGGCCAUGCUGCUGCGACAUGGCGCCAGGGUAAUCAUGAAGACUCAGUUCCGUGACCCGGAUGGCAUCCUAAACCACCUCCAGAACGUAACCGCGGAAGAAUACGAGCACAUCUUCUACCAGCUUCUAGAAGCAGCCGAGGCCUUCGAUCUCUGCAUGAUAAAGAGAAAUAGCAUUCUCAAUCCUGUUCAAAAACAAACCCUAAUCGAACGAGCUAAGACACCCAUUUCCUUGCUCGCUCAAACUAGAAUCUUCUUUCGUAGGCAGUUAGGCAAUUUGCUCGUUGAAAUAGCCCCUAAGUUCGAAAUACCGAAAACCCUGCACCAUUAUUUGCUGUUUAAGUGCAGUUAAAGAUAUUUUUGUAGUUUUAUUGGAUUUUUUAAUUCGGCACAAGAUUUCCUUGGCCUUUUGUCGGUGUUGCCAGAAAAAGCUAGUUUCCCCUGAUUGUGGGGAUUGAUUGGAUUGCGAGGACCGUGAAAAGGAACGGUUAAGUAUUGGAAAAUAUAUUUUUGUAUUCUAUAAGUCUAUUAUUCUAUUAUAUUAUAUGUUUGACACUUACGUCAAUUGUCCUGUUUUAUCGCUGUUUGUUUAU